AUGGUCUGUCUGACUCGAAAGAUGGAACUGCCUUGUUUUCCUCUCUUCAUCUUUUUCCUUGCUUCCUACAAACGUCAACGCAAUGGGCCCAGGAGAGUCGUCUAUCUCUCCAUCGAGCCUUUGCUCUUCUCUGCAUUGUCUUAUCUUGUUCUCAAUUUUUCGUUUUCCCUAUCCUUUUCUUUCCUUGCCGUCGUCCUUCUUUUGUUUACCUCUUUCUCCGGCAUUACGAGGAAGAAAAAGGAAGAAGCAAAAUAG